AUGUCGAAGCCAGAAGUGGUAGACGAUAUCGAGGGCGUCCGGCCAGUCGCCUCAGAUCCGGAGAAAACCCCAGCGGGAGGUGCGACCGAGCGGUUUGGAGACCAGAUCUCUCACGAGAUGCUUGAGAUCUUGGCUCCCAAUGGCGAGGGUGAUUAUAUUCUGGACAAGAUCAACAACAUGAGCGAGGAAGAUGCGCUAGCUAUUGUUCAGGAAGGCCUCGAGUUUCACUCGGAUGACUGGAAUUUUCCAGAUGAGAUGCGGCAGCGCAUGCGAGCGUUAUUGCAAGGACAUAAACUUUACGGAGAUUUUUAUGACCGUGACUUGAGAAUUGAUGCUACCAUGCUGCGAUACUCCUCUCCUUAUCCAGGAGUUCGUGCAGUCGCCGAUCCGACUGAGCGUAUUGACUUACCCGUGGAAACCGUCCGAGCAUACUUCCUGGGUAUUGGUUGGGCUGUCAUUGGAACUUGUGAUCAUGUCUACAUUCUUCAACUCGAGAUUCCCUUCCAUCAGUAA